AUGCGUUCUCUUAUACUUCUCGUCUACUUCAGCACAAGUGCAUCAGCCUACGACUACUACGGUGUACCUUUGGGUAAACUCCGCAAUGCUUCUUAUGCGCUUGAUGGUAACGUUUACUUAGUCAACAGCACACAUCUACAACUCGUAGACUUCACAAUGAAAAGGCUCAUUGAUCGAACACCACUAAAUUUCGUAUUCGAAAACAGCAAAACACAAAACCGAUCACCGCGAAUUCUUGAAUACAGAAUUUCCAAUGAGGGGGACUGGCUACGUGCAUACGAAAAGGAAUUACGAGAUGGAGUGAAUAACAAAAGAAUCAUAGUGGAGAUACCAGGAAGUGCAUCUGAAUGGGAUAUCUUUGGAAUAUGGAGCGACACAGAAAUCGCGUGA